AGAACUGGUACGAGCUGUCAACAACGUGUGUGGUUGUUAGUUACAUGUAUUGAUACUUGUAGUUAAUCGAUAAAAAACGGAUUCUGUAGCUAGCAAACAUCUAUUAUUGAGCAGAGAUGGAAGCGACUGAAACAAAUUAUGCAUGUAACAGUAGUGAGUUUAGAAGAAGCGAGUUAUCAGACACAGAACUCGAGAUUGUGGGACAACCCUACUCCAUCUCGGUGCUCAAAGUAGGCUAUUGUCUGUCCGAACAGGACGGUUCUUUUCGAGCAGACGGGACUAUCACUCUUCUAACGGGACCUAGAACUAUUCUAGUAGACACCGGAGGACCGUGGGACCGGGACUUUCUAGUGAAACGGCUGAAGGAUAAGCGAUUAGACCCGGCUGAUAUCAGCUUGGUGGUGGGGACACAUGGCCACUCGGACCAUGUUGGUAAUCUGGGGCUGUUUCCAGGGGCAACAAUAGUUGUGGGGUGUGACAUCAGUGAGGGGGAUAGGUACCUUCCGAACCAGCUGUCUGAGGGGCAACCCUAUCCUAUUGAUGAACAUGUAUCAAUAGUACCCACUCCAGGCCACACAGGGCGUGAUGUGAGCCUUCUUGUGAAGGGAACCACAAUGGGCACGGUGCUUGUUGCCGGGGACCUAUUUGAGCGUUGCACUGAUGACGACAGUUGGAGAGAACUGAGUGAGAAUCCUGCCGUUCAGGAGGCCAGCCGACAGGAGGCGCUACGCACCUCUGAUGUCAUCAUCCCAGGACACGGGUUGCCAUUCAGGAUCCACAGGGAGGAGGUGGAUGGACGCUCCGGGUAGAAACUGCCCUGUUAGGCCCUUAGGCAUAGAUCAGUUUUAGCCUUCCUCUCUCUAACCGUAGCAAUGUGGGGGAAGAAGUGCAAAACCUUAGAUCAGUGGUUAGAUGUAACCACUGAUGUGUACAGUGCAUUCAGAAAGUAUUCAGACCCCUUCCCUUUUUCCACAUUUUGUUACGUUACAGCCUUAUUAUAAAAUGGAUUUAAAAAAUAUUUAAAAAAUCUCAUCAAUCUACACGCAAUACCCCAAAAUGACAUCACGAUACUCUAUAAUGACAAAGCAAAAACAGGUUUUUAGACAUUUUAGCGAAUUGUUUGUAGAGCUCUGUGACAGGUUUGUGUCGAGGCACAAAUCUGUGGAAGGGUACAAAAACAUUUCUGCUGCAUUAAAGGUCCGCAAGAACACAGUGGCCUCCGUCAUUCUUAAAUGGAAGAAGUUUGGUACCACCAAGACUUCCUAGAGCUGGCCGCCUGGCCAAACUGAGCAAUCUGGGGAGAAGGGCCUUGGUCAGGGUGGUGACCAAGAACCCAAUUGUCACUCUGACAGAGCUCCAGUUCCUCUGUGUAGAUGAGAGAACCUUCCAGAAGGACCACCAUCUCUGCAGCACUUCACCAAUCAGGCAAUUAUGGUAGAGUGGCCAGACAGAAGCCACUCCUCAGUAAAAGUCACAUAACAGCCCGCUUGGAAUUUGCGCAAAGGCACCUAAAUGACUCUUAGACAAUGUGAAACAAGAUUCUCUGGUCUGAUGAAACCAUGAUUUAACUCUUUGCCCUGAAUGCCAAGCGUCAUGUCUGGAUGAAACCUGGCACCAUUCCUACGGUGAAGCACGGUGGAGGCAGCAUCAUGCUGUGGGGAUGUAUUUCAGGCACUGGGAGACUAGUCAGGAUUGAGGGAAAGAUGAACCGAGCAAAGUGCAUAGAGAUCCUUGAUGAAAACCUGCUCCAGACCGCUCAGGACCUCAGACUGGGGCGAUGGUUCACCUUCCAAUAGGACAACGACCCUAAGCACACAGCCAAGACAAUGCAGGACAUGUCUCUGAAUGUUCUUGAGUGGCCGAGCCAGAGCCCGGACUUGAACCUGAGUAAAGGGUCUGAAUACUUACAGUACAAAUCAAAAGUUUGGACACACCUAUUCAUUCAAGGGUUUUUCUUUAUUUGUAAAAAUUUUUACAUUUUAGAAUAAUAGUGAAGACAUCAAAACUAUGAAAUAACACAUGGAAUCAUGUAGUAACCAAAAAACUGUUAAACAGAUCCAAAUUUGUUUUAUAUUUCAGAUUCUUCGAAAUAGCCACCCUUUGGCUUGAUGACAGCUUUGCACACUCUUGGGAUUCUCUCAACUAGCUUCAUGAGGUAGUCACCUGGAAGGCAUUUCAAUUAAUAAGUGUGCCUUGUUAAAAGUUCAUUUGUAGAAUUUCUUUCCUUAAAACCUUUUGUGACUAGGGGGCAGUAUUUUCAUUUUUGGAAAAAAAAACAUUCCCGUAGUAAACAGGAUAUUUUGUCAGGACAAGAUGCUAGAAUAUGCAUAUAAUUGACAGCUUAGGAUAGAAAACACUCUAAAGUUUCCAAAACUGUAAAAAUAUUGUCUGUGAGUAUAACAGAACUGAUGUUGCAGGCGAAAGCCUGAGAAAAAUCCAAUCCAGAAGUGCCUCAUGUUUUGAAAGCGCUGCGUUCCAAUGUGUCCCUAUUGAGCAGUGAAUGGGCUAUCAACCAGAUUACUCUUUUUCCGUAUUCCCGAAGGUGUCUACAGCAUUGUGACGUAGUUUUACGCAUUUAUGUUGAAGAAUACCCGUAGGCGGCUACAUUGCGCAAGUGGUCACCUGAUGCUCCCAGAGAGAUUCUCGCGUAAAAUACAGAGGUAGCCAUUACUCCAAUCGGUCCUACUGAAAAACUAAUUGUCCCGAUGGAUAUAUUAUCGAAUAGAUAUUUGAAAACACCUUAAGGAUUGAGUAUAAACAACGUUUGCCAUGUUUCUGUCAAUAUUAUGGAGUUCAUUUUGAAUAUUUUUCAGCGUUUUCGUGACUGCAAUUUCCGGACGAUUUCUCAGCCAAACGUGAAGAACAAACGGAGCUAUUUCGCCUACAAAAAUAAUAUUUUUGGAAAAAAGGUACAUUUGCUAUCUAACUGGGAGUCUCGUGAGUGAAAACAUCCGAAGCUCAUCAAAGGUAAACGAUUUAAUUUGAUUGCUUUUCUGAUUUCCGUGACCAAGUUACCUGCUGCUAGCUGGACAAAAUGCCCAUAAACUUACACAAAUGCUUGUCUAGCUUUGGCUGUAAAGCAUAUUGUGAAAAUCUGAGAUGACAGGGUGAUUAACAAAAGGCUAAGCUGUCUCAAUAUAUUUCACUUGUGAUUUUCAUGAAUAGGAAUAUUUUCUAGGAAUAUUUAUGUCCGUUGCGUUAUGCUAAUUAGUGUCAGUCGAUGAUUACGCUCCCUCAUGCGGGAUGGGGAGUCACUAGAGGUUAAAUACUUAACCCAAGUCUACCAUAAUUAAAACUUAUUCUUGCUAAUUUUAUAACCUUAUUCAACAACAACCUAUAAUAAUACUAUUAUAUCAAUUUCACAGCCUUGUUGUGUUACUCUUCUCACAAAAAUAUAAUCUGCAUACAACAACAGCUAAGGGAAAAUAAAACUUAGCUAGGUUACUAAACAUUACUUAAGCCAAAAUAGUCAUCAGUAUUACAAAUCACCUUCAAUUCAUUAUCCCAAUGGCUUUCCCAUGAUGCUGAUCAAACCACAAUGGAAAGUCAUGAUAGAGGUCAUAGGUCAUACAAACCCUUCAAAGAAGUGUUUCUUACUAUAUUAGACAAAUUAAAGAAAAAACGUCUAACAUUUUCUACAUGUUGUAUCCCAGGUUCCCAGAACGUUCCUUUAUCAAAAUAAUUCACUUUUUAAAUUAGAACUCAGAAAAUAAAACUUCUAAAAUGUCAUGUGUGUGCGUGCCCCUUUAAGAUAUCGUGGCACUAAGACAAAUGGAAAUCUCACCAAACCCAAAGGAAAUAGAACACACCAAUCCAAAACAUAGUAUUUUUAAAAUAUCAACAAAUAGUUAUACACUUUUUGUUGUGUGUGGGUAUUUGCAAACCCUAGGUUAAAAACAAACAAAACAUUUCCAGGCCUUUUCAAUUUGGUUGUUUUUAUCUCACGCACCCAAGAUUAUAUCGCCAGGAAACAUUCCAAGGAGAGAGAGAACAACUGAUGCCCCUGAGACAAAUGUCUAUGUAUCAGUGGAAGAGCUCCAGGUGGUAUCCAAUUUUAAGUACCACGGCAUCAUACUUGAUUCCAACCUCUCUUUUAAAAAGCAAAUGAAAAAGGUAACUCAAAUAACCAAAUUCAACCUAGCUAAUUUCCAAAACAUAUGAAAUUGUUUGACUACAGAAGUAAAAAACUGUACUUCAAAUCUAUGAUACUCCCCCACUUAGCAUACUACCUGACCAGUUUACAACAUUAAAACCCAUUCAGUCUGUGCAAACAGGCUCUCAAAGUGCUUGAUAGGAAGCCCAAUAGCUACAUUCUCAAUAGCAUGAGCUCCUGCGUUGGAAAAAAUAUUGUGCAAUACACUGACGCAUGACUUGUAUUCAAGAUUCUACAUGUCCAGGCUUUAAAAAUAACAUGUAAAUCGCCAAAUUUAUAAAAUACAUCAGUCAACCCUUUUAGACUAAACAACAUAUUUCGGUGGGCACAACUCUAUCGCAAUUACCUAUCAGCUUAUUAUUAGAAUGCAUUAGAUUUAGGUAACUGUCUCGUCUUUGAUUGUUAUUUAAAUACAACUCCAUUCUCAAUAUGUUAUUUCAGCAGACCAUUUAGGCAACAGACAACGUAUUACAUUGAAAUCGCCUCGCUAUUAUUUUGAAUGAAUUAGUCUUUCAAUUUAAACUUAACAAGCUAUUAAAACAUUCAGUUUUUAUCUUAAACAAACACUGGCGACCGUGUCUUUCCAGGCAAAACAUACCAAUAGUUGAAUUACAAUCAGAAACGUGGAUUUUAGUCAAUAGGUGCAUAGGCUGGGAAAUGAACCCGGACCUCCCACAUGGCAGGCGAGACCACUGAACCACCAAAGCUUUCUAUAAUUGUCUGUAGUCGUAAAAUCAGGCAUGUACUUCCGAGACAAUUCCCAGAAAAUAGCCCGAAUUUAAAGGUCCAAGCAUUUCUCCGGGCGAUGAUUCUCAUUACUCUCGCUCUCAUUGUCUCUGUCUCUCUCUCUUUCUCUCCCGAUUGUCGCGCCUGUCCUUCCCCUUAUGUUUGCAGUUUUGGUGGUAGUGUCCUACUCGGUCACAAUGUUUACAGGGAGCCUUACACUACCGGGCGAGAUGUUCUGUCUUAUCGCAGUUGAAACACUUUCUAUUGUCUGAUCCUGUCCAUUUUUUCCAUUCUCUUUUAGGUCCCUUCCCCUUAAAGCCUCCUUUAUGCUUAUCUACAAUUACCCCGAUAGUUACUAUUAGAUACUGAUCUCCUUUCCGUUCUUUCUUUUCUAACUUUGUCACUCUCUAUCUCCUUCUCAGAAUUUAGGAAUACUUACUAUUGUGACUUUUGAUAAGUUAUUAGGUCUCACACGCACAUCAUUUUCCCCCUGCUGAUAUCCUUCUUGAAACUGUCUCUCUUUCUCUACACUUGCCUUCUUUGCCGGGCUUCAGACAGCCACACCCUGGCUGUAUCUAACCCUCAACCUGCUGUUUCCCUUGAUACUUUACACACGUCUUGUGUAUCUGCUUUAUCAUUCAUUCUCAUUUUUCUACAUCAAAACGUCCAUCAAAUUCAUACUUCUUUCUCCAUUUUGGACCAUAAUAUACAUUUAUUUUGUCCUUUGACUCCAUAUAUCUCUCAUCCCCGGUUAAUCCCAGGACCUCCUUUGAGGAUCUGCCACCCAUAGUAUCCUCUAUUGGUUUUUAGAAAUUUCUCCAAUACGGUAUAGGGUUAUAUGGUUGUUAUUUACCUACCUGCGUUAUUAGAAUAAUCCUAAACCCUUUUUAAUUGGAUUUCUAUCUGUUAACUAUUUUAAUGUAUCUCUACACAAAUACAUAACAAGUUCAACCCUAGGGGGAUUUCUAUCUGUUAAUUAUUUUAACCUCUCUGGGAUAUGUGGGACGCUAGUGCAAAUCAUGCCUUACCUUUGACGAGCUUCUUUUGUUGGCACUCCAAUAUGUCCCAUAAACAUCACAAAUGGUCCUUUUGUUUGAUUCAUUCCGUCGAUUAUAUGUCCAAAAUGUCCAUUUAUUUGGCGCAUUUGAUCCAGAAAAACACCGGUUCCAACUUGCACAACGUGACUACAAAGUAUCUCAAAGGUUACCUGUCAACUCUUCCAAAACAUUUCAAACUACUUUUGUAAAACAACUUUCUUUUUUUUUUAAAGUAAAUAAUCGAUAAAAUUGAAGACGGGAUGAUCUGUGUUCAAUACAGGAAGAAAACAAACUGACGCUACCUUUCUGGUCACGCACCUCUAUCUAACAGUACACUUCAAGUGACCCUCGUUCAAGAUGGUCGUACUUCUUCAUUACACAAAGGAAAAACGAAACCAAUUUCUAAAGACUGGUGACAUCCAGUGGAAGCGGUAGGAACUGCAAGAAGGUCCCUUAGAAAUCUGGAUUCCCAAUGAAACCCCAUUGAAAAGAGAGUGACCUCAAAAACAAAAAUCUGAAUGGUUUGACCUCGGGGUUUCGCCUUCUACAUAAGUUCUGUUAUACUCACAGACUUGAUUCAAAGUGUUUUCUAUCCAAAUAUACUAAUAAUAUGAAUAUCUUAUCUUCUGGGGAUGAGUAGUAGGCAGUUGAAUUUGGGCAUGCAUUUCAUCCAGACAUGAAAAUACUGCCCCGUCACCAAUAAGUUAAUGUAUCUCUACACCAAUACUCAACAAGUUCAAUCCUAGCGGAAUUUCUAUCUGUUAAUUAUCUUAAUGUAUCUCUACACCAAUACUCAACAAGUUCAAUCCUAGCGGAAUUUCUAUCUGUUAAUUAUCUUAAUGUAUCUCUACACCAAUACUCAACAAGUUCAUCCUCCGCUGUAUACUUUUAACAGUCUUUGACUAUCUCGAUACCAGGUAGUUUCUUUUGGUAAUGGCCUUAACUACCAUUAAUUAUUUCGGACCCGUCCCCUUGUUUCCCCGAUCUGUUACCCAGUGCCGCCAACACUAACAUAGAUACUUUUGUAUUUAAACAUUAGAUUAUAUGGACGGUAUACCCGAUACAAAUCUUACUUACUGUUGUUUUACAGUUACAAUUCUCCCUCACAUUUAUCUUGACCAAUGCUUUAUAGGAAUUUAAUCCAGUCCAUUCUAAGUAAAUUUUUAGUACGUUUAGAAUUUAACCCCAAACUAAUGAAUACAGAUUACGGACCUUAUCUUGCAGCUAAGAAUUCAAUGUAGGUUGGAUCUCGUCACCGUUUCUGUCGUGUACCAGUUCGCCACCGGCCUGUAAAGAACCCUCAGAAUGGGGCCAGGUCUACCCGUGCACGGUUUUCAGCACAUUUUCGGGCAGACGAAAAUUCCAAAUAGUAUCCGUAAAGUUCGUAGAAACAUGUCAAACGAUUUUUAUAAUCAAUCCUCAGGUUGUUUUUACAAUAAAUAAAUGAUAAUAUUUCAACCGGACCAUAUCUUUUUCAAUAGGAGAGAGAGAGAAAAUGUCUGCUCCAAGCUGUUGUGCAUGCAAAACUCUGCUGGCACCCAGCCACCCACUGACGCGAUGUGAUCGUUCUCGCUCAUUUUUCAGAAUAAAAGGCUGAAACUAUGUCUGAAGACUGUUCACACCAUGUGGAAGCCAUAGAGAAAUGAAUCUGGUUGAUAUCCUUUUAAAUGGAGGGAAGGCAUGCAAUGGAACAGGGAGCUUUCAAAAUAAGAGGCACUUCCAAGUUGGAUUUUCCUCAGGUUUUCGCCUACAAUAUCAGUUAUGUUAUUCUCACAGACAAUAUUUUGACAGUUUUGGAAACUUUAGUGUUUUCUAUCCUAAUCUGACAGUUAUAUGCAUAUUCUAGCUUCUAUUUUGGGUGCGUUGUUCAUCCAAACAUCAAAAUACUGCACCCUACACUCAACAGGUUAAUGAAGGAAACUCCAAUACCCCUUUGAGUUUAACUAAAUCUGAGGACUGCCCAUGAGCCCAGUUCGGACAGCCUUUUUCUGCUCUCCCGAAUAAAACCCCCACUUUGAGAAUUUCUCAACAGACCAUGUUUCCCUCAAUUACGAGAGGACAAAGGUUGUAGACCAGCUUACCUUGAUAACGAGAGGGCCAAGGUUUGAGUAGAUGGCUGAAUCUUUUAACCAUACCACAUGGUUAAACUCUUAGACUAUCGAUACCGACAGAAUAAGAACAAGUCUUUGAUAUUAAUUACUAGUCUGCAGCUAGGAAUUCGGUAUCAUUGAACGCAAAGACCGACAACCGCUGAAACAUCUAUCCAUAACAACAUGAAUGAAUGUCACUCUGAACUAUCCAUUCUAACCACAACAGAGAGGGCGGACAAACUGUCCAAUAGAAACAAACUUUUCAACAGAGACCCCGAUGACACACUGAGCAUAAAUAUAUAUAUUGAUUGCAAUUGUUCCCGAAUGAGUGAGCAUUCAUGUGCAAAGGAUUAGUAUUUCAAUUGUUAUAAUUAUCAACUGUGUCUUAUCUCAUUCGACCCCUACUUCCCUUUUGUACACCAAGCCGCGAUGCCGGUUUAUCCCACUUGGGAAACCCCGUUGUCAUUUCCUUGUAACUAUCUACUGUUUGUUUAUGCAUUUCUGUGAAUUACUUAGUUAGUAAAUAAAUUAUUUAAGACAAUUGAUGUAUGGAUGACUCAUAGGGAAAACUGGGUUUGUUCAGAUAACCAAGAAUUUACAACGUUUGGUAUGAGACUAAGGUAAAUUAUAAUUCAUUAAUUCAAAGACUAAUUGAUCAGAUACAAAAAUAUCUGAAGAGUUAUAUUAGGAAAAUUAUAACUUUGUAAUCUGAAUAUUUUCCUUGGUUCCCCGACAUUUGCCUGAUUAGUUAAUUACAGAGAAUCUUUGAUAAAAACUAAGUCUUCAGUUAAUGAUAGUAAAGACACGACACUACUUAUUAUUACUAUUAUUAUUAGUACUACUACAACUUUUACUACUACUAUUGCUACAAUUACUACUACUAUUGCUACAAUUACUACUAGCCAAUUUCGUGGUAUCCAAUUGUUGUAGUAGCUACUAUCUUGUCUCAUCGCUACAACUCCUGUACGGGCUCGGGAGAGACGAAGGUUGAAAGUCAUGUGAUACACAACCCAAUCAGCCGCACUGCUUCUUAACACGGCGCACAUCCAACCCGGAAGCCAGCCGCACCAAGAGGAAACACCAUGUACCUGACUCCUCGCGCCACAGGAGUCACUGGUGCGCGAUGAGACAAGGACAUCCCUCCCGAUUGUGCGUUGCCUGAUGGACCUCCCGGUCUCCCGGUCGCGGCCGGUUACGACGGAGCCUGGGCGCGAACCCAGGGUCUCUGAUGGCACAGCUGGCGCUGCUGUACAGCGCCCUUAACCACUGCGCCACCCGGGAGGACCUAAGUCGUUGUAUUUUAAGUCUUAAAAUCAAAGCUAAGAUGUUUUUUGGUUGGAAUUGCAGUAUGUAUUUAGUUUGUGAAUUUAGACAUGAGCUAGAAACUUUGACAGACUGGUUUCGCUUCGUCUCGUGGCUAUAAACACACACAGCCAUGUUACAAAUGUCACAACACCUGGCCUCAUGUACUUUUGGUUAAUUCAAGUUAUUAAUAAAUAUACCUUGUGUCCUAUCUGCCAUCACCUUUACUGUCCCACAUGCAUUACCUAACCAAACCACACCCAGUCUCUAGUUCCAAUUUCAUAGAGCUGGAGUAUCUACCUGUACAAAGAUCACUGCACCACAUCAACAACGACCUUCAACAAAGAUAAUAGGGGGCUAUUUGGGUAGCAGUACUGGUCAA